AGUCCUCUCUGCAUCCGCUCCUUCUUGGUUAUCUUGCCGCCUCGAAUUCCCAUAAUACUCCGCGCGCGCGCGGCCGCCUUCCUUUUUCCGCCAUCUUGCUGCCCUGCAGGCAUCAUGGUGCGCAUGAAUGUUCUGGCCGAUGCUCUUAAAAGCAUCAACAAUGCAGAGAAACGUGGAAAGCGUCAGGUUCUCAUCAGGCCGUGCUCCAAAGUAAUUGUCCGGUUCUUAACCGUGAUGAUGAAACACGGCUACAUAGGUGAAUUUGAGAUCAUUGAUGACCACAGAGCUGGGAAAAUUGUUGUGAAUCUCACAGGCAGGCUUAACAAGGUAGGAAUUCAAGCCAGGUUCAAAUUAAUUUUGGGAAGAUGUACAUUUUGUGCCCAUCUCUAAGUUUUAUCUCAUUUG